AUGUCUGUUAAACUGCCAUGUAUUAAAUGUGAAUUAAGAGAUAAUUCCAAUGGAUUAUUUACUUGUAAUGGAUGUCAACAAAGUUUUUGUUUAAAUCAUAUUACAAGUCAUUCAAAUGAACUUUACAAUCGUUUUGAACAAAUAAUGAAUGAAUAUAAUUUAGUUAACGAUAUUUUUCUUGAUUAUAAAAAAAGAACAAAUGAUAUUCAAUGGAAAUUACAAAAACGAGAAAAAGAAAUAAAUCAAAUUAAAUCACAAAUUAAUGAAUAUCAAAAACAAUCGAAUUAUUCAGAAAAAGAUCUUGAUAAAUGGGCGAUGCAAUUAGAAAAAUUCAAAACACAAUUAAUACAAGCUAAUCAAUCUAAAUCAUUCAUUGAAUCAAUCUAUUCGUUACAUGAUUGGUUGUUCAAUUCAAGAGAAAUCAAAUUAUAUAUUUCAUUUCUUCUGAUUUUUUUCAUUUUCUAUUGUAUUCUCUCUUUUGGAAAAUUAAAUUUAUCAUUAUCAAAGAUAACAUUCAGUCAAGUCAAUGGGCCAAUUCAACUUUCUAAAGAUGCCUCUGUAGCUGAACAUUAUGGUUUAGAUUUUAUUUCCGGUUCAGUUCGUGUUAAUCAAAUCUAUUCAAGAGGAGUACAUUCUAUACGAUUAUCAUUUGAGACCUUCUCAUCAUCAAAAACUUUUAUCGGUAUGAUCGAGUUAAAUGGUAAACAAUCAACAUCAUCAUCAUCAUCAUACGGUUGGUUUAUUGGUGAUAAACAAGUGAUUGAUCAUAAACCAGGAAUAUAUAAAAUUUUUCAAAUAAUAAAAAAAAUUUGGUCAUUUGGGAUUCGCAAUCAACUAAAACAUUGUUUUACUCGUGAUGAAAAACAAGAGAAUACAAUUGAAAUAGAAAUUGAUUGUGACAAUUUAAAGAUUGCAUUGAAUAAUAAACAGAUGAAUGAAAAAUACGAACUUGAUAUUGAUCGGAAACAAUUUCCAUUACCAUGGCAGAUUAUUAUUGAACUGGAUCAUAAUGGAGAUCGUGUACGUCUUCAAUAA